AGCCUCCAUGAUAGAUCCAUGGUAGCAGUAUACUCUGGUGGUUUAAGAGGCUUCACUAUUCACCGAAUGCGUGUCUCACCACCCUCUACAAGUUGGUUCCCGAUUUCAUGACCUCUGCAAAAGUUUCAAAUAAGUUACCAAAGGAUUUCAUAUGGGGCUUUGCUACUGCGAGUUUCCAGAUCGAAGGAUCCACCAAUGUUGAUGGACGCGGAAAGUCUAUCUGGGACGACUUCUCGAAGCAACCUGAAAAGACAAAAGACGGCCGAGACGGAGAUGUGGCCACCGAUUCAUAUAGGCUCUGGAAGGAGGACAUUGCCUUGCUUGCUCAGUAUGGCGUCAAGUAUUACCGCUUUUCCUUAUCCUGGUCUCGCAUCAUCCCGCUUGGUGGUCGUAACGACCCCGUCAAUCCCAAGGGCGUGGCGUUCUACUCCAAUUUCAUUGAUGCACUGCUGGAACAUGGAAUAAUCCCAUUUGUCACUUUAUAUCACUGGGACCUUCCCCAGGCCCUGCACGACAGAUAUGGCGGGUGGUUGAAUAAGGACGAGAUUGUGCAGGACUAUGUCCGCUAUGCUCAGGUCUGCUUCCGGGCUUUCGGAGACAGAGUCAAGCACUGGCUGACAGUGAACGAGCCAUGGUGCGUUUCAAUUCUAGGGUAUGGAAGGGGCGUUUUUGCGCCAGGACGAUCAAGUGACCGAGAAAGGUCACCCGAAGGCGACUCCUCUACCGAACCGUGGCUAGUUGGCCACAACGUCAUUUUAUCGCAUGCACAUGCAGUCAGGCUUUAUCGCGAGGAGUUCAAGGCCGCGCAGGGUGGCCAGAUCGGAAUCACGCUCAAUGGUGACUGGGCCAUGCCAUACGAUAACAGUCCACAGAAUGUGGAAGCGGCCCAGCACGCCCUUGACGUAGCUAUCGGAUGGUUCGCUGACCCAAUCUAUCUCGGUCAUUACCCGGAUUACAUGAAACAGAUGCUCCAAGAACGACUGCCAGAGUUUACACCGGAAGAAUUGAAGGUCGUCAAAGGAUCCUCUGAUUUCUAUGGCAUGAACACCUACACCACCAACUUGUGCAGAGACGGUGGCGAUGACGAAUUCCAAGGGUUGGUCGAGUAUACUUUCAUCCGUCCCGACGGCACUCAAUUGGGUACCCAAGCGCAUUGUGCCUGGUUGCAGGACUAUCCCCAAGGAUUUCGCGAUUUGCUUAAUUACAUUUGGAAGAGAUAUAAGCUACCUAUCUACGUCACCGAAAAUGGAUUCGCUGUCAAGGAUGAGCAUUCGAAGCCGAUUGAGGAGGCGUUGCAAGACAGUGACCGUGUGAACUACUUCAAGGGUACCACUGCUUCUCUCAAGGCCGCUGUGCUUGAGGAUGGUGUCGAUGUCAGAGCCUAUUUCCCGUGGAGCUUUUUGGAUAACUUUGAGUGGGCGGACGGGUACAUCACACGAUUUGGCGUAACAUACGUCGACUAUGAGACCCAACAGCGGUAUCCUAAAGAGUCUGCGAAAUUCCUUGUUAAGUGGUUUGGAGAUAACAUCGAUGCAGGUGACAGGAAACUACAAUAAAAACUAUGUUGCUCUCAAUCGCCCGAGCAUUGUUGGUGUGUAAUCGAUUAUCGAUGUAGAACCGAUUGUACCUAUAAGUUAGUGAGAUGUCCCAGGAGGAUUUAACUCGCUGCUCUUGUUUCGUGUGUCUAUUUGCCUGUUGUUUAGUAUUUCACAUACUAGUAGUACGACUGCCAUUCGAUGAAUCUUUGUACUCUGUGUCCAGGCAGCAGGUUGCAUGGUCGUU